UUGUUGUUAGGGUCAUGACAAGACAGGAGUGCAAACAAAGAGGGUAGAGAGCAUGGCUAGAAUGGGAGAUAGUUGAAGCCUUCUCUUUUCAGGCUCAAUUGUGGUGAAGCCAAAAGCAAGAGUGUGUUGGGGGGGGGGGUUCUUUGUGCUUCUGCUCCUCCACUAACUGCAGCCCUGAGCCACAGGACAUUUCCAGGAUAACAAGAACCCUAGCAAUAUUAAUGACAGCUUAUACAGCAUCUCUGCCCCACCUGGAAAGCAACAUAAUGGGUUAUCAGAGAGGCCUUGUAAGUGCAUUUGCCUGAACAUAUUCACAGCCUCUUUGCGAUCAAGAAACCUGCCUUGCCAGGGAGUGGAAUGGGCAUUUCUGGUGUACACAGAGGCAUUGGGUUGUGGGCUGUGGGCUGAAGACGCGAGAUUGAAAUUCUUGGGUUUAAAAAAUAAAAUUGCUUUCUAUUUUAGAGCAGAGUUAAGAGCUUGGAAGCCGGAUGUAGCCAUCACCCUUUAUGUUGUGUUUUAUGUCUAAUACACACACUGCUUUAAAAAUAUAAAAUAAAACACACAGAGAUCCCAUUGGAAAAGGGGGAAGAAAGGUUCUUUACUCACAGCUUAUUCUUACUUACAAUGAUGGCUUGGGAUUCUAAACCUGCAUGAUGGCAGCUAGUUUCUCAUGGCCGCUUCAUGCAGGAGAGAGGAAGGGCCAGAGUUUGGUGUGAAACCACAAAGUGCAUUUCCCCCCACUUGUUACUCUCAACCCCUUCCUCUGCUGACUAGAGGCAUGUAAGGUUGCUUAUAACCAGGGCUUUUUCCAGCUGGAACUUGCCAUAACUCAGUUCCAGCACCUCUCAGGUGGGCACCACUGUCCUUAUAACAAGGGAGGCAUUUACGGUGAGUUCCAGCACCUCUUUUUCUAGAAAACCAGCACUAGUUAUAACCCUGGUCACAGAGUGGGAGUGUGUUUUGAGGAUGUGUUAGACUAGUAAGUUUGAUGCGCAUAUGACCUGCCUACAUGGAAAAUAUUUUUCAGCCUUUACUUUAUGUGUGUGCAGUAGUGAGAAGGGGGAGAAAUCCCUAAGGGGAAACAAUCGAUCAUCUAAGAUAUUUGGAAGAGCAGGGGAAGAACCCUUCUAGAUCCCUUUUGAAAGAAGCAUGAAGAGAAAACCAUGGAACAGGGAGUGGAUUUGACAUGGAAGCUGACACAACAGAAGAGGUAAGAUUGCCAAGGCAGUGGGUUCCUGUUUACAGGUCACCUCAGUAAAGAAAUGGCUGGAAGGGGCCUUGAAUCUCACAGCACUUCUUGUGACAGCCCUUCAUAUAUAUAUAAUUUAUUAUUGAAUUUAUAUACUGCCCUAUACCCAGAGGUCUCAGGGUAUCGUUUUUAAAGAUGGCUAUCAUAUCACUUCUCAGUCUUCUCAAGGCUAAGCAUGUCCAAGUCCUUCAAACGUUCCUCAUUGAAGGCCCUUCAUCAUCCUGGUCACCCUCCUCUGCACAUGUCCCUCUCCAUCACAUAUGUGGAGUGCUUUGAAGAACAAGUGCCAGUUACUAUUCUGAUGUUGAGCUUUCCUCUCCCUCCCUCUGCAGUUCUUCAAGCUCCGGCCUGGUUUCUACAAAAAACUACAGUAUGGUGCCGGCUGUGUCAACUUCCUGGUGCUUAUAAUCAUCACCAUAUCUCCCUACUGGCUGGAGUAUUCUGCAGAGGCAAACAAUUUUACUAUGGGGGUUUGGACUUAUUGCUUUCAGAAAAAAUGUGGCCUCGUUUCUGCAAGGUCAGGUAAGAGACACGACUUGUGUUCACAUCGCUUAGUGUCCUUGGCCAAAUGAGUUACAAUCGGGGAUGUUGCAGUUAUACAAUCUGCCUAAAUUAUGCAAUGUGGCAAUCCAGUGGAUUUCAUGGCUAAGACAGGAUUUGAAUCCUGGUCUCCCAGAUCCUAGUCCUACACCCUAACCACUACACCACACUGGCACCGGCCCUUUCUGAGCCAGGCUUCUUUCUAGAGGAGGGAUCGCUGCUGACAUUUUAUAAUAUUUGCUAAUAUUAAUAUUUCAGGGACUGAACAACGUGAGCUCACCCCAUCGUGGGGAUUCAAACCUCUGACCUUCUGAUCGGCAAGCCCUAUGCUCUGUGGUUUAACCCACAGCGCCCCCCGCGUCCCCUCUUUACCCAUAGGUCCGAGCAAAAAGAACCGUCUUUCUAGACAAAAGCCUGAACCGAAUGAAAAACAAACAAAUUCCUUGACUAGCCUGGCCAAUGGCUGGUGUUCUUGUGGAACUGCAAAUGCCCAGGUCAGGGCUAUGGGGCUUUGUGGAGUUAUCCCAGGAAUGGCAAACCUUUGGCUUUCCAGAUGUUGCUGAACAACAACUUCCAUCAUCGUGACGGGGAGUUGGGACACCACCAGCGGCUGGAGGACCAAAAAUUCCCCCAUCCUGACAUAGUUGUUUCCACACUCCCCAUUUUUAGCCUCACAAGGACCCUGUCAAUGGGACAAUGAGAGAGAGCACUGGCCCAAGGUCACUCAAUGAGUUUUCAUGACUGGGUGGAGACUGCAGCCCAGGUCAUAGUCUGAAACUCUUUUCUCUCAGUAGAAUGACUCAUUAUAGUAAGACAACUUUAUAUGUACUUGUUAUUUUCUCUUUCCUUUAGUAUAUCUAUUUGUUGUACGGGCCCUUUUCAUAAUAGCCAUUGGCUGUGGUUUAACGGCCUUGAUCACAUCGUGGACUUCUUUUUCUCACUGUUUGAAAGAGAAUACUGACAAAGCCAUGAUGUCGUUUGUGACUAACUUCAUUGCAGGUAUUAUGUAUAUGCCAUACACCUACGAAGGGUGGUAGAGUAACAGGAUGCCUUUAUAUUACAGCUGUAGAUUUUAUUCAUUAUUGUUGCAUUUGCAUCCCACCUUUCCUCCAAAGAGCUCAGACCCUCCAAGUGUCCCUGUUCUCCAGGGACAGUCCCAGAUUUACAGAAACCGUCUCGGUUUCUGAUCUGAUCCCAGAAUGUCCCACAUUUCCUUAGGACAUCCUUAUUUUCAUUGCAGAAAUGUUGGAGGGUAUGGAGUUAUGCAACCCCCCAAGCCAAGUAGACAAGUAACUCUACAACCUUUAGAAGACAUCUGAAGGCAGCCCUGUAUAGGGAAGAUUUUUUAAUAUUUAACCUUUUAUUAUGUUUUUAUAUAUAUUGGAAGCCACCCAGAGUGACUGGGGCAACCCAUUCAGAUGAGUAGGGUAUAAAUAAUAACAUUAUUGUUAUUAUGGAAUAGGUUGUCCCUAUUUUCAUUGGAGAAAUGUUGGAGGGUAGGGGAGCUCCUAGUUCUCAACUUUUGCAUUUAAUUAUCACGGCAACCCUGUGAGGUAGUUUGGGCUGAGAGACAGUGACCUGAUCCAAGGUCACCCAGCGGCCUUCAUGGCUGAGGUAGGAUUUGAACCCUUGCCUCUCAGGUCCUAGUCGAGCACUCUAAUGACUACACCAUAUUGUGGGGGGCGGGAGGGGUGUGUGCGUGCACACACGUACAGUGAGUAAGUGUUUGAGCUUUAAAGACAUUUUAUUUAGGCUUGGCAUUAAACAAAAACAAACCAAAAAAUGCCCUGGAGAAUCAGUGACGGUGCGGGGGGAAAGGAAAGGAAACCUUACAGUUGAUAGAGGACGGUUGAGACCCAGUAACCAACAGGGUACUAGAUGAAUAAUAGUCACCCAUUAAAAACUUCCCUGAACAGGGCUGCCUUCAGAUGUCUUCUAAAUGUUAGGUAGUUGUUUAUCUCUUUGACAUCUGGUGGGAGGGCAUUCCACAGUGUGGGCGCCACUACCGAGAAGGCCCUCUGCCUGGUUCCUUGUAGCUUGCUUCUUGCAAUGAGGGAACCACCAGAAGUCUGCUUCUGUGCUCAUUGCAAAAGAGCAGAUCCCUCCAGUCUGAGCCAAUUUUUGUUUUCAGGAAUGGUGACCGAAGAACUCUCCCAAUAAUACUAUCUUUUAUUGGGGAGGAGGGGAGGUUUCUGGGAACAGAAAGGGGAGAGGUCAGGUGCCAUUUCCCAUUUUCUCCCUCCUGAAACUUCCCCUAUAUAAUGCAUGGAGGGGAAUUUAAAGGCUUGUAAUGCUCCCAGCAUCCCCCAACCUGAUGCCCCUCAGAUGUGUUGGACUACGGAUCCUAUCAUUAUCUCCCUGACUACUGGCCAUGCUGUCUGGGGCUGAUGGGAGUUGUAGUCCAAUGACAUCUGGAGAGCCCUGGGUUGGGGAAGGCGGGGAUAAGCUGUUAGGGGAUCAUGAAGAACACCACAACCCUAAUACUCUCUUCUUUGCCUGCAGCAAUCUGCAUGCUGACUGCUCUAGUGAUUAUAUACACAAAGCUCAGAACUUCAGUAGAUGAUGCUGUGCUCCUGUCGCCAUGUCAGGAUUUCUUCCUUGGUUGCUUUGUCUUUGUUCUGUUCUUCGCCUUAGGUAAAUAUACCCUGGCAGGCCAGGGGGUGUGGAGUCAGAUGGUGAACUCAGUAGUCUGGCCCAACAAUCUAAAGCAGAGCGAUGUCUAAUUUAAGCUAGAAUCCAGAGCUGUGUAGUCGAGCAAUGCCAGGUGGACAGGAAUGUCAGGGCAAAAUUCUGCAAGCUCCACAUGCUAAUGUGCACACAAAGUUAAAUUGCCCUUAAACGAGGAGGGAGGGCAGAAUAUUUUCAAAGCAUUUGUUGUGGCUUAAAAAAAGACCCAUGCCAAAGGAUCCCAAAUAAAUAAGCAUUAUCAGUGCAAGGGACAGGCUUUGGGAUUUCUGCCUUUGGCAUACACAGAUAGUGUUUAGUCCACAUCUGCACUGUACAUUUAAAGCACUUGGGAGAAGCAGUUGUGACUUCUCCCAAAGAACCCUGGGAAUUGUCGUUUGUUCAGGUUCCCGGGAGGAGGCCCCCUGUUCCCCUCACAGAGCUGCAAUUCCCAGAAUUCCCCGGGAUGAAGGAUUGGUUGUUAACCCACUCUGGGGAAUUGUAGACAGGGAUGAUGGGGAGUGGUAGCUCAGCAACAGCUGGAGGGCAAAGGUUUUGCCACACCUGCUUUAAAGGAAGUAGGCAGGUGGUUAAAGGCCUCUACUUUUUCUGUUUCUUUUCUAGCUACAGUCAACCUAUGGUGGUACAUGCACUUGGUCUCAGCCCAGAAAAAGGCAGCCACCCAAAUAACCCCAGCAGAAGAAGCACCAUGACAACUGCAGAGCAUAUAAAGUUCCCUUGGUCCGUCACACCAGCAGAUAGCAGGGUCUUGUAAUGAGAUAUUUGCUGGGCCGUGCCCACCAUAACAGGCAUUCUGCUCUCUGAAACAAGCUCAACGGUCCUGGAGCCUGUUUGGACAAUGCACAGUUUUGGAGAGGGAAGGGGCUCUAGGAGAUGCCUGUUUCCACAAAGUCACUUCUGAAAAGCCGUCUUCUGGAACUGCCCUGCUUGAACUUCCCCAGGGGUGCGGCCUCUUCAGCGAUAUUUAACAACUAAGCAUUUCUGCCAAACACAGAACACAUCCCUUUCCGUGUCUAGGACAAUUGCCCAUGUCUCUCCACAUUUUGGGGUAUAUUACUUGCAAAAUUCACAAUAAAUAAAUCAGAUUUUUAAAUAUUUUUUUUAAAAAACCCUCUCUUGUCAAAUGAAUGGUGAGGGACUGGGGACCAUCUGUUUGACCUGAAGAUCUUGGACACUCUGAAGAGCUGGUGGUGUUUUGGACAAGACUUUUUUUUUUUAAAAAAAGGAAUCCUUGCCUCCAAUAGUAUCUUUAAUGUGGGGUUCAUUGGUCAUCUCACAGGCACUGAUCAAGCACAGGCAUUCUACUCUCUGGGGCAAAUGUUGGGUCCUGGAGUCCAAAUGGACAAUAGACAUUCAUAAUCUAAGCAGUCAUGUCACCUCACCAGGACCCAUUUGAGAUGCGGAAGGGCGUUUGUGCAAUACCAGUAUGGUCCUACAGGAACGCUUGCAUUAUCCCAGCUGCAACUAGGUUAUUUUCACAUUCCCACUACUGAAAAGCAAAAGAUCUUUCUUUUGCUCUGAAACAAAAGAUCUUUCUUUCUUCUGUUUCCAAGAUAAUUCUUAUGUCUCCAUCUUAGUUCCACAUAACACCUAUAGCUAUAGAUAGAGAUGAAUGCAUUUUUCUCAGUCAUUCAUGGGCAUUUUUGCUGCCUGAGGCAUUUUGCUGCCUGAGGCAAAGGGCAAGAUGAGACGGGCCUCCUAAUCCUACUGGGAAGACCCAGUUUUCUGAGUGCAUGUUCUGGAAGUUGGGCAAUAGGGGCAGUACAGGAUUCCUUUUGGUGUACCGACCUCCCCGCUGCACCAAGGAUUCCCUGUCCGAGCUGCUUCAGGUCGUGGCGGAUGUUCUCCUGGAGACACCUAGUUUGGUUGUCCUAGGGGAUUUUAACAUCCACGCCAACCUUACAAGGGGCCACUCGGGACUUCGUGGAAAGCAUGGCCUCCAUGGGGCUGUCCCUGAAUAAGUUGGGCCCAACUCAUAGUCAUGGACAUGCCUUAGACCUGGUGUUCACCUCUAGUGACGUGGGUGAUCUGACACUAAGUAUAAGUGAAACCAAAGAAGUGCCAUGGUCAGAUCACUUCCUGGUGCAACUGGACUUCUCCGUGACCCUUCCCCUCUGCAGGGAGGUGGGACCAAUUCAGAUGGUCCGCCCCCGCCACUUAAUGGAUCCAAAUGGUUUCCAGAGAGUGGUAGUGGAUGCUUUAUCCCAUGUUGAUGGCCUUUCAGCUGAUUCCCUGGUGGCCCGCUGGAAUGCGGAGUUAACCAGGGCUAUCGACUGUCUGGCUCUGAAGUGCCCUCUCCGAUUGCAUGGAGCCCAGACAGCCCCGUGGUUUUCUUCGGAGCUGAGGGCGAUGAAACAAUCGCUGAGACAGCUAGAGCGUCGGUGGCAGAAAACUCACUCCGAAUCUGACUGGACACAGGUUAGAGCUCAACGUCGAGCCUACCAAGUGGCGAUAGCGACGGCGAAGAAGACUUUCUUCACCGCCUCUAUUGCAUCUGCAGAAAAUAGUAGCAGGAGACUCUUUCAGAUGGUCCGCAACGGAACCACCUUUACCACCGGGGCCUUGUAAAGACCCCAAGAUCUCCUGCAACGAUUUUGCAAAGUUUUUUGCAGAUAAAAUCACUCAUAUUCGGAAGGAGCUAGACACCACCGUGGGAGCAGGGCUGGGGUGGGAGAGUGCUAGAGCCCUGUCUGGUCAAGUUGCAUGGAAUCAAUUUCAAUCCGUUACCCCCGAGGAUGUGGACAGGCUGCUUGGACAAGUGAAACCAACCACCUGUCAUCUUGAUCCUUGCCCAUCCUGGCUAAUAAAAGCAAGCCGGGAAGGGCUGGGCGAUGGGCUCUGUGGGGUGGUGAAUGCUUCCCUCUGUGAGGGAACAUUCCCAGAUCUGCUGAAAGAGGCGGUCAUUAAACCGCUUCUUAAAAACCAUCUUUAGACCCGGCCAGUAUGGCCAACUAUCGCCCAGUCUCAAAUCUUCCAUUCUUGGGCAAGGUGAUUGAGCGUGUGGUUGCUGAACAACUCCAGGCACGCCUGGAGGAUGCGGACCAUUUGGAUCCCUUCCAAUCAGGGUUCAGGCCUCAUCAUGGGACUGAAACUGCCUUGGUCGCACUGGCUGAUGAUCUCCGGUGAGCUAGGGACAAAGGUGAGAGUUGUUUCCUAGUUCUGCUGGAUCUCUCAGCGGCCUUUGAUACAAUCGACCAUAACAUCCUUCUGGACCGUCUAGAGGGGCUGGGAGCUGGGGGCACUGUUAUACAGUGGUUUCGCUCCUUCCUCCUGGGCCGUGUUCAGAAAGUGGUGGUUGGGGAUGAGUGUUCAGACCCUUGGGCCCUCACUUGUGGGGUGCCUCAGGGUUCCGUCCUCUCCCCAUGCUUUUAACAUCUAUAUGAAGCCGCUGGGAGAGAUGAUCAGGGGGUUUGGACUGGGUGUCCAUCAAUAUGCCGAUGAUACCCAGCUCUACCUCUCUUUCAAAUCAGAACCAGUGAAGGCGGUGAAGGUCCUGUGUGAGUGCCUGGAGGCGGUUGGAGGAUGGAUGGCGGCUAAUGGAUUGAAGUUGAAUCCUGACAAGACAGAAGUACUGGGGCGGGCUGGUGUGGAGGACUCCCUGGUCCUGAAUAGGGUAACUGUGCCCCUGAAGGACCAGGUGCAUAGCCUGGGAGUCAUUUUGGACUCACAGCUGUCCAUGGAGGCGCAGGUCAAUUCUGUAUCCAGGGCAGCUGUCUACCAACUCCACCUGGUACGCAGGUUGAGACCCUACCUGCCCGCGGACUGUCUCGCCAGAGUGGUGCAUGCUCUAGUUAUCUCCCGCUUGGACUACUGCAAUGCGCUCUACCUGGGGCUACCUUUGAAGGUGACUCGGAAACUACAGCUAAUCCAGAAUGCGGCAGCUAGACUGGUGACUGGGGGCGGCCGCCGAGACCACAUAACACCGGUCUUGAAAGACCUACAUUGGCUCCCAGUACGUUUCCGAGCACAAUUCAAAGUGCUGGUGCUGACCUUUAAAGCCCUAAACGGCCUCGGCCCAGUAUACCUGAAGGAGCGUCUCCACCCCCAUCGUUCUGCCCGGACGCUGAGGUCCAGCGCCGAGGGCCUUCUGGCGGUUCCCUCAUUGCGAGAAGCAAAGCUACAGGGAACCAGGCAGAGGGCCUUCUCAGUAGUGGCGCCCACCCUGUGGAACGCCCUCCCAUCAGAUGUCAAAAUGAUAAACAACUACCUGACAUUCAGAAGACAUCUUAAGGCAGCCCUGUUCAGGGAAGUUUUUAACGUGUGGUAUUUUAGUGUUUUUGGUUUCUAUGGAAGCCGCCCAGAGUGGCUGGGGAAACCCAGCCAGAUGGGCGGGGUACAAAUAAAUUAUUAUUAUUAUUAUUAUUAUUAUUAUUAUGUACAAAAGUUGACUGACAGUUGACUCUUACAUCAACACCGGCAACAGGGCAGUGUCUUCCAUUGUACCCAAGGGUGCCAGGCAAUUUUGAGUCAACAUGACUGCUGAGGGAUUUCUUUUCUGGAAACCAUUAUCAUGGAGAUUAGUGCUAAAUUAGUGCUAAACAUCUGCUAGAUUCCACUAGAUCUGGCUUUUAUGUUGUGUGAAAGAUCACUUAAAAUGCAAAAAUUAACAGAUGAUAAGGAAAUAUUGGGAAAAGGAAAAGAAGCGUCAUUUGAGUGUAGCCUUUGGGUUGCACCUGAUGCAAUGCUAGUUUGGUCAUCUUAUUUUUUGCUGUCCAUUUCAUAUACCGUAUUUUUCACUCUAUAGGACGCACCCGACCAUAGGACGCACCUUGUUUUGGAGGGGGAGAACAAGGAAAAAAAAUCUCCCCCACUCUGUGCAGCGACCCUUCAGUGAAGCGGCAGGAGAAAUGGAGCCCCUUCCAUUUCUCCUCCCGCUUAGCUGAAGGGGCACCUACCAGGCUUCAGCGCUUUGGAGGCUUCGCGUUGCUAUCGCUGAAGCCAAGGAGCCUGCAUUCGCUCCAUAGGACGCACACACAUUUCCCCUUAAUUUUUGGAGGGAAAAAAGUGCGUCCUAUAGAGCGAAAAAUACGGUAGUUUAAAACCAAUAGUUUUAAAGCCCACUCCACUUUUGUUGGAACUGUGCAUACAAAAUUCUGGCUGCAAUGGUAGUAUACAUAAACAAUAUAACCAACUUUUUAAGGACCAUACCUUUCUUUCAACAAGGGGUUCAGCUCUUUGGCUAUGUCUGCAAGCCCUGCUUUUCAAGCAGCAAUUCAGAGUGGUUUUCAAAAAAUCCCAGUUGUUUCGCUGUAGCAGUGAAUUUACGUGCCACAUAUCUGAUGUAGUAGAAUGUCAGUUGAAGGCAAGUGAUUUGGAAUUGGUAAAAGGGUGAAAUUAGGCCAACUGCUAGGUUUAAUUUUGCUCACAGGGUAAGGUUUCUAAGGCAUGCACCAGGGAUAUCUGGCAGCCAUAUUAAUCAUACAGUGGGUUGGUUCUAAGCACAAUGAGUUUAAAUAACCAUCAUAGUAGAAACUCAGGCAAACCUUAUGUUUUUAAUUUCCCAGAUUGGACGUUCACAUGGAAACUGACAUUCUAAGCUGUGCAUCUGAAGACUUGUGUGCCUUUCAAGGAAAACUUUUAAAAUAUAAAAUAAUUAUAUCAAAAGAAUACGAAGCCAAAUGCUACGAUCCUGAGAACUCCUCAAAGCAGAAUGACCAUGAAAGGUAGAUAAGGGAAAGGGAAAUUCUCCUCCUUUUGAAUUCCACAGCAGAAUAUUGGAGCCUAGUGAUGAGAGUAGAUUCUUUGGCCUCCUGGG